UCGUAUGGCGGAUUUUUAACUUCAUAUAUACUCAGUACUCAAGAUGGUCGCGUGUUCCAAAGCGGAGUAGCUGUCGCCCCAGUUACAGAUUGGAGAUAUUAUGGUUGGUUCAUUGAUCUUUACAUGAACGUAUUUCUGAAUUAAGUAAUGUCUCUGCAUGUAAUUAAAAAAUAACUACAUGUUUGUUUGUUCGCAUUAGAUUCAAUUUACACAGAAAGAUAUAUGGGAAUGCCAAACAAGAACGAUAAUUUGAUUGGCUACGAG